AUGGCUCCGGCGCGCCAGCAACAGACGCCGCAAUUCAACAAGGACGAAAAGGUCCUUUGCUUCCACAUGGACAUGCUGUACGAGGCCAAGGUCAUGGACGUACAGCCUGGCGAGAAGCCCGGCGACGGAUUCCGCUACAAAGUUCACUACAAGGGCUGGAAGAACACAUGGGAUGACUGGGUUCUCGCCGACAGGAUCCGGCCCUUUGACGACGAACACAAGGAGUUGGCUGCCCAGCUUCACGCCAACCUCAAGAGCAGCAUGCAGAAACCCCCCAAGCAACCAAAGAAGAACCUCAAGGGUGGCGACUCGGCCAGGGGCAGCGAGGAACGCGGCUCAGGCGCUCCUCAAGGGGGAAGGGGCGCGAGGAGAGGCAAAGACUGGGAACUGGAGCAGGUAAGAGAAGUCAUUAUUUCGCACAAGCUUGUUGUUGUUUCUCGCGCUGGUCUGGAGCCUGCCUGCCUGCCUGCUGUGUUAUGCCUCGGUGGUGCGCCGCAAGUGCUGGCCAUGUCCACCGCGAGCACGGCUGAGCAAACAUGUCGAGCUGCAUCUGCCUCGCUCCGCAGUAUCCUUGGAGGUCCUUUGGGUAUGCGAGUGUCUCCUCUCCCCCAGGGUCUACCGCUGCUGCCCUCACUCUCGUUGUUCGGGCGUCUUCUGGUCGCGACAAGCUUGGGCUGGACGGCCCUUGGGGUGCCACCAAACGUGUGCUUGCUUCGACCUAAAUCCGCGCCCUCGCCCUCUCGCCAGUCGACCGUCGCUGCCGGCUUCGCUGCCGGCUUGAACUCUCUGGCUAGCCGUGCUCCGAAGCGCAUUGCCGUCUGA